AUGGAGAAGCUGGCUCUCGCCUUGGUCACCUCGGCACGAAGGUUGAGGCCGUACUUCCAAGCCCACACAAUGACUGUGCUCACAAACUUGCAUUUGAAGCAAGUUUUUCAUAAACCAAAAACAGCUGGAAGAUUGAUGAAAUGGGCCUUCGAACUGAGUGGGUACGAUAUUCAGUUCGAGCCCCGAACGGUUGUGAAGGGGCAGGUCGUCGCAGACUUCAUAGCCGAACUCACUCCCCCAACGUCUCAAACAUCUGCGUCCGACCAGCCAUGGACGAUGUACAUGGAUGGGUCUUCAAAUGAAAAGGGAUGCGGAGCGGGUGUGCUUCUCCUCGCCCCGGAUUGCAUGCGUUUUGAGUACGCCCUUCGCUUCAACUUCCGCACCUCAAACAAUGAGGCCGAGUGCAAAGUCCUAUUGGCCGGACUGCCCAUGGCAAGAGGACUUGGAGCCAGCCACCUUGAAAUGUUCAGCGAUUCACAACUGAUAGUGAAUCAGAUCAAAGAAGAGUAUCAGACAAAAGACCCUCGGAUGGAGAAGUACCUGGGAAAAGUCAGGUUGCACCUCGCCCAUUUUCAAGCUCACGAAAUCAGCCAGAUUCUGAGGUCACAAAACUCUAAUGUCGAUGCUUUUGCUAAGUUAGCAUCAGCCUACGAGACCAACCUAGCGAGAUCGGUCUCGGUGGAAAUCUUGGAUAACCCUUCUAUUUUAGAGCCGGAUAUGAUGGAAGUCGACUCCCAGCCUCCAUCAUGGAUGGAUUCGAUCAGGAACAUCUUAGAAGGUAAUAUCCCGAUAGAUCUGAGGGAAGCCAAAAAAAUGACAAGGAAAGCAGCUCGGUUCUUGCUUCGAGAUGGAACAAUGGAAGUGCAUGAAGGGGUUUGUGGCAAUCACACGGAGGCUAGGUCAUUGUCGGCGAAGGCCAUUCGUCAGGGCUACUACUGGCCCACAUGGGGAGUUGACCUUAUCGGACCCUUUCUAUUGGACAAAGGGCAGACCAAGUAUGUCGUCGUUGCCGUGGAUUACUUCACCAACUGGGCCGAGGCCGAAGCACUCUCGACAAUCACAGAGGCUAGAUUUACGACCUUUAUUUGGACGAGCGUGGUCUACCGUUUCGGCAUACCCAAUGCUAUUGUGACAGAAAAUGGCAAGCAGUUUGACAACACCAAGUUCAAACACUUCUGCCACAAGCUCGGGAUUAGCCACAUCUGCUCAUCCCCGGCUCACCCCAAGGUCAACGGGCAAGUGGAGGCGGUAAACAAAAUCAUUAAGCGCGGCCUUAAAUUAAGGCUGGACGCAAAGAAAGGAUGA